GAGGGGCAGGGGGCGCUCCCUGUGCUCUGGCUGCAGGCACUGCUGCUACUGGGAGGGGUGCGCCCAGGCGAGGGACGCUUCACGUUCCUCUCAGUGUGGAACCCACAGAACCUGCUGUCGCCCGCCCGCUUGGACGAGGUGUCGCGGGCACUGGCUGGCGUGGGAAUUGUUGGCCUCCCAGGCACGUGCGUGCGCCAGUGGUGGAACGAGCCUCACCACAAGGCGACGUCGGUGGCCCACCACGUGGUGCAUUUCGGGUGGCAGCGCUCCAGGCUCGUAAACAAGAGCUGCGGAUGUGCGCUGAUGCUGGCCAAGAAGUACUUCGGAGUGAACGAUAUCCGACGGCUGGUCACCCCGCCCGUGGGCCUUCGAGGACGAGGCGGACUGGCCUACCUAGCCUCUGGCCCGCUGCUCCUCGCCGUGUUCGUGCUCUACUUCCCCCCGCGGCCCGCGGCCAAGGGGGAGGCGCCCAUCUGGCGCGACACCUGCCGUGCACUGGUGGCCUGGGCGCGGGACGAGCUCCUGCGAGUGCCUCAGCGGUAUACCCCUGUGUUGCUCAUGGGCCUGAACUCGGGCCUGACCCAGCACUUCGACGAGGACCCCGUGGUCGGCCAGUUCGGUGCAGCGACAGAGAGCUAUGCUGGCAAGCUGGUCCAUGAGUGGCUAGCGGGGGCACGUAUGCAGGCGAUCAACACCACGCAUCGGGUUGGCAACACUUUCUUCGGCAUGGGCGGAGCGUCCUCCCAGAUCGACUACAUCUGUGCACCCCAGAGUGCUGGAGUGUCAGUGGAGUGGGCGAAGGCGUGGCACCGUACGGCCGAGGCUGCGCGAGCGUCUCCCGCGAUCCUCGAUCACGUCCCCGUGGUUGCCAAGAUUCGGAUUGUGCCGCCCUUGAACCAGCUGCCGCUGCGAGAGCGCUGGAUUGGUCCGUCGCUCGACGUGCUGGAGACGAGGGAGGCGACUACUGGCCACGCCACGCUGGUCAUGGGCACUAUUCGCAAGAUCGGGCUGGCGCACUUCUCCCAGGCCACGGUGCGCCCAAUGUACGAGAAGAAGUUGGACGAGAAGAAGUGGCAGCUGCUCCGUGAGAGGCGUACCAUCCUGGAGGAGGUGAAGGCGCAGGAGUUUGAGGCCAUGCAGCGCUGCUACGAGACGCCUUCUUCUCCAGCGACCUUGCCGUCGGCUACGGGCCCUACAGUCCUGCCGCGCGAGAGGGCCGCCGAGGUUCGGACGCUCGGCAGCGCGAUCAGGAGCUACACGAAGGCCCUUCAGCAUUGGCGACGCCGCAGAGCUCACGAGCGCCAGAAGUUCACAGAGGACGAACUCCGACAUGCAUGGCGAGGUCGUGACAUGGCCCAAGUUCCUCGGCUUGCCCGCUCGCUGGCACGCACGGGCAUCGGCGUGAAGAACCGAAACUACAGAGCACACGCCUCGUGCAACCCGACGUGCGACGAGUGGUCGACCUUCCUCGCGCAGGACCCGCUCCUGGGCGGCUUGGCAGCCGCUCGCACGACCAUCCCUCUCUGCCACAACUUGAAGCCCGACAGGCUCACGGACUUGGGAAACACCUCGGACUACGCCAUCCCUGAUGCGGUGCACAUGUCUAAGGAGGACCUUCGUGGUGGCCAGUCGGACUUCAAGAUGACAAUCAAGGCCCUUCGCCGCACGAAGAUUGGCAAGUUCGCGCCGUCCUGGUCAGCUCCCUCGGAGAUUUUCAAGAUGAUCGUGAAGAACCUCGAGCGCCUGAUCCCUAUGCGCGCCUGCAGCUUCGCCACCUUGAGGCAUUGGGAGAAGGGCGACAUCGCUUGUACCGUCUUGUCCUACAUGCACGACGCAUUGGACUUCUACCCGUGCAGGCGAAGGGAGCACUUGAUGAUGGCGACGAAGAUCGCGGCGUGGAAGGGGCACCACUCAGGACAGCACAUGCUCCACAAGAGCUACGACGCCACGAACGCAUUCGGGCGCGGCCGCAAGGGGGACCUAGAGCGCUCCGUCAGGGACCGCUUGGAGGAGGACGAGGAGAUCAAGGACCAGGACCUUAACUAUGUGACGGCGGUCUCCCGUCAGCGACGUAUGGCGCUCACCGUCGUCAUUCCAGCUGCCGACGGCGAGGUGGCCCUGAGGAGCGGGUCAGGAGGGUUCAUGGGGGACACAUCGGAACCAGAGAUUUUCAUGAGUAACUACCACAUCGCAGUGACGAAGUGGGCCGAAGUGGAGACGGCUCGCUCUAACGGUGCGAUGCUCAUCAGGAUGCAGAACUUGCCCGAGGUCGACGCAAGCCUGGGAUGUUUUAUGGACGACAUCUUCAAGACCCAGCUUCUGUCGGCGCCCCAGUCCGCGUCGGAGGUGAUCCGCCUCUCGCUGCGCAGCGACCAGGGCUUGGACCAGGCUCUCCUGGAGAGGGCCUACGGCCAGAACAGGGCCAAGCAGGAUGUGGUGCCUGCUUUUCCUUCGAGGCAGCUGGUACGUCGUACGAUUACGGAGCUUAACCGCAGCGGCUGCCGCAGCAGCUACGAGUUGAAGCACCUGGGCGCCUGGUUCAACGCGGUGAACAGCAACAGUAACGAGCUCAGGGCACGGCUGGCUGCGAUUACGAAAGGAUGGAUGAUGGUGCAGGGGUUAUGGUACUCGUCGUCGCCUCUACGAGUCAAGCGCUUGAUGUUCAUAUCCUUGGUGAGCGGCGCGGCCCUCUCGGGCACGGUGGCAUUUUGCUGGACGGCUGCGGAGACCAAGCAGUUGCGCGGUGCAUUGGCUUGCAAGCUACGUUCCAUGAUGGGAGGUACGGCUAAGGCGGGAACAUCACACAUCACGACGCUUACCACGCGUGAGGUAUAUAGGCAUUGGAAUCUUGUGCCCUUUGCAUUGGAGGCUACAGUUCAAAGGCUGAAGGCAUGGCAGGCGAUUGCGAGAGCGCCUCGGAACCAUGCCCACUUGCUGGCCAUCUUUUACGGCGAGAUGCAGUGGGAGGCCACCAGCGCCUACCGCUGCCCACCCACGCUGCUUGAGGACGGCCGCUUCAACGACACGACGCUGGUCCACCCUUGGGCGCGUCAGCUCCGACAGGACUUGGAGGUGAUGUGCAGCACACUUGAAGCGGAGUCAUUCGCCGAGGUGUGGGGGUUCGGCUCCAUGCUGGACCUGCUGUGGGACGAGGAGGUGAACUACAUCUUCAUCUCGUUCGAUCCACGGUGCCUGCGCAGCGCCUUUGCUGCAGCGCAGUGGGCACCGCCACCUUGCCUGGCAGACACUGUGCCAGCCGCCCAG